AUGCAGGUCCCUCUUUUCGCCCUGCUUGGUGCGUUGUUCAUCACCUUUCAGAUUCUACAAUACAUCCAGCAGACCUAUCGACAUCGCAAACAGGCAAAAUCGCUUCACUGCCAACCUCCAAAACAAGGAUCGUCGGAAUGGUUUGGAGUCCCUGCCUUCUUGCGGUUGGCCAAGGCUGUCAAGGAAAAGCGAUGGAUUGACUACAUUACGCAACAGUACGGCGUGCAUGGAAACACAUUCGCCCAGUCAUUUUUCAAUCGGAAUCUCGUCUCUACCAUCGAGCCGGAUAACAUCAAAGCACUGCUGGCCACUCAGUUCAACGACUUCAGCCUGGGAACUAGACACAAAGAGUUUUACCCAUUGCUAGGCGAUGGGAUUUUCACGCUGGAUGGUGCUGGCUGGUCGCAUGCGCGGGGUCUGUUGCGACCUCAGUUUACUCGAGACCAGGUUGCCGAUCUGGAGCUACUCGAUGGUCAUAUCGCCCGUCUGAUCGACAUGAUCCCGAAGGAUCGUUCCAUGUUUGAUAUCCAGCGUCUUUUCUUUCUCCUCACGAUCGACUCAGCAACCCAUUUCUUGUUCGGAGAGUCAGUAGGCUCGAUGCACCCAGUCUCGACAAACACGGGUCUUCUUGGAAAGUCAACAGUCGGCAAUGCACAGGGAUUCGCAGAGGCAUUCGGUACCGCACAGGACUACCUGGCUGCGCGAUCGAGAGCGCAAUCCUUUUACUGGAUGGUCAAUCCCAAGGAAUUCCGGGAGGCCAACCGACGUGUGCACGAAGUUGUCGACCACUACGUUCAGCUCGCCAUAGAGUCCAAGAGACAUCCCGAGAGGAAGCAGUCUGGAGGCCGGUACAUCUUCCUCGAGGCACUUGCGGAGGACAACGAUGAUCCCAAGGUUCUCCGAGACAACAUGCUCAACAUUCUUCUGGCAGGCCGUGAUACCACGGCCAGUUUGCUCAGCUCGACCUUUUACUAUCUAGCCCGUCACCCUGAUGUUUGGAACCGACUUCGUCAGGAAAUCAUUGAGGAAUUUGGAGACAGUCGACAGCCCAAGGCCGAAAUCACACAAACUAAAUUGAAGGACAUCCCUUACCUGCGCCAUGUUUUGAAUGAAGUGCUUCGUCUACAACCACCAGUGCCCAUCAACUUCCGCGUGGCUACCAAGGAUACAUCUCUGCCAACUGGUGGCGGUCCUGACCAAAAAUCGCCUAUAUAUGUUCGAAAGGGCACUCCGGUCGCGUACACUGUUUUCGCCAUGCAUAGACGGACUGAUAUCUGGGGCCCGGAUGCUUGCAGUUUCAGGCCGGAGCGCUGGGAGACCAAGACCCGGAGAGGCUGGGAGUAUCUUCCCUUCAACGGAGGGCCGCGAAUCUGUCUGGGCCAACAAUACGCGCUUACCGAAGCCAGCUACACGGUAGUUAAACUGCUUCAGCACUUUGAUUGCUUGGAGAACGCCGACCCAACAGUGGAAGAAGAGCCAGUGAAGCAAUCGAACCUCACCAUGUCGCAUGACAAGGGAGUUAUUAUUAGAUUGUCUUCAUCCCAGGCUGCUUACUAG